UCUGGGUAACUGUUCACCCUCUGACAUCAGAAACCUCCAAUGCAGCACUCGAGAACGCCGCUGAUCAAGAACAUGAAGCUCCUUCCCCUCUUCACAGCUGCAUCCUGCUUCACGCCCCCAGGUCCCCCUUUUUUUGUACUACGAGCAAUGAAGGUUUUUUUCCGGAUCACAUGAGCCAGGAUGAAGGGGGAAAAUCCUGCCAGGAAAAGAGAUGGGCUGCAACUUGAACCUGAUCAAGGGGAGAUACAGAGCAGUACCCUGAGAGCUAUAUAAGAAUGUGCUCGACGCGAGAGCAAACACCUUUUCAGGCGAAGGACUUGCAUGAGUCAGCCAUGCAUGUGAAGGAAGACUCCGUUUCAAGGAGGCUUGGAGCCACUAACAGAACGUGUUUGUAUUUCAUCAUUGCUACCCUUGCUGCGUUACUCAUCUUUGCAUUAGCCACCAUCAUGGUCUUAGUCGUUCAGAGGAUGGCAGCUGAUCCUGCCACAGAGGGCAUCGCAAAACCAUUCAAGACAGGGAACACCUCCGAAGACUAUUUAAGAAUCCUACAGAAUGUCCCGACCAAGGGAGCAGCUGCGUACAUGAGAGUGUCCAAUCAAGUAAACAGUUCAAAACUGAGCUUGGUUGAGAAGGGCAUUUGUGAAGACAUCCAGUGCAAGAGAGAAGAGCUGGUGAUAAAGAAACAAGGCCUCUACUUGAUCUAUUGCCACUUGAACUUUUAUUUCCCCAGCUGGUCAAACAGUCCCACCGACCUCAAGAUAGAGUUCCUUGUGAAUGACCAAGUCAACAGGCAAACAUUAUCCACGUGGUGCGCCUCCGAAACGUGCCACAAAAAGACUUUUAAGACCUUGUUCCAGCUCCAUUUGACACCCCUGAAUGUGAAGGACCGAGUAGCAGUAACACUCAAUCAUCCUAAAUUCUUGAAUGAAGUUUUUCUUCCCAAUGAAAACGUUCUUGGGGUCUUGAGGUACAGUGAUGAAAUGUGAGCAGCUCUCUGACUUCCCACUGCUGCCCAGAUUGAUCUUUCCCUGAACAACAGUAGUCUGCUUUUAUUAGGCAACACCUUUAGGAACUUCGUGAGUAUCCCAGGACAAACCCUAAAACACUGCAAAACCCACACCUGACAAAUUCUUCUGGUGUGAUCUGGGGUUGGAUUGUUGUUGGACCACCCAGCAUAUAACCCACAAUACCUGACAAUGGUUCCUCAAAACAAUACUGUGUAAACACAGAUUUAAACAUAACCAGAUUAUGGGAAGAAUACACAAUAUUGAGACUUGUUGGCUAAUGGACCAUUGGCAAGGUGCCUGUGCUCAGGAGAUGGGGGAAUCUUUUUAACUGAAUUUUAUGAUGUAGUAUUUUGACAUGGACUUACCAAAAAACUAACAAUCAAAGCUUGUAAUCUUUACAACAACCUUGCAACCAUAACUCUGGAGUAGGUUUAUGGAUAGAAUGUACAAAAGCAAAGACAAUGAUAUUAUUGACUUUCAAGCUAAAACUCUGGGACAAGACACAGAAGAUAGGGGAUUUACAGGAUAUUUCUGUGCUGCAUCCUGCUAUGGACUUUGUGCAAUUUACUUCCAAGUGUCUUCCUUUUCACUAUUUAUCCAUCUUUUCUAUUUAAAUAUUAAGCUG